CACUGUACAUCAUUCAAUUGAAACACUUUGAAAAUCGAUUGACAUUAAAUAGAUAUAUAGUUUCUUUAAAAAUCUGUAAUCAUUGUGAAAUCGUAACCUCAAGAAAAUUGAGUAUUUUCCCCAUUUCCAUCGAUAUUUAUCGAUUGAACCUUGACAUUGUUGUGGCUACAUUUUUAUAGUGUGAUAUUUUGCGAAAAGUUAAAGUUAAGUAAAACUUGUGAAAAAUGGAAUCCAGAAAAGACGAAACAAUUCCACUUAAUCCCAUCCACAGGCGAUCCCAUCCACACAGGUUUUACUGUUUGAGUGAAAAUGAAUCUGUCAAUCAGAACCCACGUCAAUCUGCAAACUGGUUGUCAGUGAUAUUUUUUGGAUGGUCAAUAGCAAUACUUAAAAGGAGCUACCGUGAUAUUUUACAUGCCAAAGAUGCAUUCGAACCACUCAAUGAAGAUCGCUCUGACACACUGGGUGAUCGACUCGAAAAAAACUGGAAUAUUGAAGUAACCACAAAACUGAAACCAUCUUUAUUGCGAGCGUUAUCUAAAACAUUUUGGUGUGAGGUGCUUAUUUUGGGAUUUCUUUACGCUUUUGCAAAUUGCGUAUGUAGUUUGUCCACGGCAUAUUUAUUGGAGAGACUUUUAGCAUUUUUUCGAGAAAAUUCCGAUGUAUCGCGAGACGAUGCCACAAAAUACGGUAUUGGCCUUUUCAUUCUCAGUAUGUCUUCUGAGUUCGGCUUUCUUCAUUAUUACUUCAAUGGCUUUCGCUAUGGUAUGAGAAUUCGCAUCGCUCUUUCAAGCCUCAUUUAUCGAAAGACGCUUCGAUUGUCACAGCAAGCUUUGAGCAGUACAGCUCCUGGAAAAUUGGUGAAUUUACUCUCAAACGAUGUUCAACGCUUUGAAACUCUGCAUUUUUUGCAUCCAUUGUGGAUAGGUCCGAUCACAUCAUCUUUGGCUGCAUAUAUUUUAUGGACGGAACUUCGAUGGGCGGCUAUUAUUGGAACGGCUAUUAUUUUUGUCUUGAUGCCUAUUCAAAGUUACGUCGCCAAAUUCUUAACAAAGAUCCGAUUCGAAACCGCGAUGCGAACAGAUGAACGAGUACGUUUCAUGGAUGAAAUUGUAUCCGGCAUUCAAGUGAUCAAAAUGUACAAUUGGGAAAAACCCUUCGAAGGUCUAAUCGCAACGGCCCGACGCCUUGAACUGAAAGUGAUUUUGAAAAACAUCUAUGUUCGUGCAUUCAAUCUAACCGUAUUCCUUUUUUCCAAUCGAAUCGCCUUAUUUUUCACCGUCCUGUCGGUUAUUUGGUUGUAUGGCAGAGAAAAUAUGACCGUUUCCAAAUUGUUUAUGACGGCAUAUUUAUUCAAUGUCAUUUCAUAUUCAAUAAAUCUACAUUUUAUUCGAAGUGUUUCGGUUGUAAGCGAAGGAUUUGUUGCUAUUAAACGUUUGCAAACGUUUCUUGACUACAAGGAAAAAGAUGAACCAACAAAUGGACGAAAUACCAUAAGUUCUAAUAAAUUGAAUUCUCAAAAUUUGUCCAUUUUAUUGGAGAAUGCCUGCGCUGAAUGGAGUUUGAUUGAAAAUCGUUCCCACGAAAAUGAAACGGAGAUCAAGUCGAGUCCACCAUUUCGGCUUGAAGAAAUAAAUUUAAAAGUUCCAAAAGGGAAAUUGAUUUUUGUCGUCGGAUCGGUUGGAAGUGGCAAAUCAACGCUUAUGCAAGUUUUAUUAAAGGAACUACCUUUGGUUGAUGGUUCGAUGGGAAUCAAUGGAACGGUUUCGUAUGCGAGUCAAGUUAGUUGGACUUUUACAUCAACAAUUCGACAAAAUAUCACGUUUGGACAACCCAUGGAUCGGUCACGAUACGAUGAAGUUGUUAAAUGUGCCGCUUUGACGAAAGAUUUUGAACAGUUUAGCAAUGGUGAUUUAAUGUGUGUCGGUGAAAAUGGGACGGGGCUGUCUGGAGGACAAAAGGCGAGAAUCAACUUGGCCAGAGCCAUGUAUCGAAAAGCGGAUAUUUAUUUGAUCGAUGAUCCGUUAAGUGCCGUAGACACUCACGUGCAAUCACAUUUGUUCAAUAAAUGCGUUGGAUCGAAGGGAUAUUUGGCAAGACAAAACGCCACACGCAUUUUAAUAACACACCAAUUGCAUUUCAUGAAGAAAGCAGAUUGGAUUGUGGUGAUUAAAGACGGAAAGAUUGAAAUGCAGGGAAAUUAUGACACGGUUUUAAUGAAUGGCCUUGACAUUAACAGCAUAUUAAAGCGAAAUGAAAAUGACUCCAUCGUAAAUGGUAACAGAUCCUUGGAUUUGAUGCAAAAUCGUAAGAGUUCACUAGCCAAUUCCGACGAUGAAGCAGAUUUCUUCAGAGAAAAUACGAUGCCUUUCAAAGAGAUCACAUUCACGAAAGAACUGGAAGCAUCGUCAAAAGGAAAAAUCAAAGGAUCCCUUAUACUAAAUUAUAUCAAAUCAUCAAAAGUUCCAUGCGCUUUGGCUCUUUUGUGCACACUUUUUCUAAUCACUCAAGCGAUUGCCAGUACUGCCGACAUAUGGGUUUCAUAUUGGAUAAGAAUCGAAGAAAGUCGUGUUUACCGUGUGAAUUCAGUGAAUACAUCCAACCAAACAUCUCCCGUUGAGCCAACUUUAUGGGAAGCUGAUGAGGCAACUGAUGUAUACGCAUAUGUUUAUUGUGCAAUUAUGUGUGCAUUGUUAUUGGUAGCUAUUUUUCGAUCCGUGUUCUUCUCUUUGGUGUGUACGAAGGCGUCACAAAAUUUGCACGACACAAUGUUUCACGCGCUGAUCUCGACUAAUAUGAAGUUUUUCAAUGAGAAUCCAGCCGGGCGGGUGAUGAAUCGAUUUACAAAAGACAUGGGAAGUGCAGAUGAAAUGCUACCAAUAACACUAUUGGAAGCAACUCAAAUAAUCUUACUCUCACUCGGAUCGAUCACUGUCACUAUUUUUACGGAUGUCAAACUUUCCGUCGUCAUUUUGGUACUGAUCGUCUUAUUCUUUUGGCUUCGAAAAUUGUACUUGAAGUGUUCCACGAAUAUUAAACGCUUGGAAGGGAUAACAAAAUCUCCCGUAUUUACCCACAUUUCGGCUACAUUGAACGGAUUGCCGAUAGUCAGAGCAUUUCAAGCCGAAAAGGCGUUGCAAGAUGAAUUCGAAAAACAUCAAAAUCUCAAUACGGGCACUUGGUUCAUGUUUAUUGGCGCAUCGUAUGGAUUUGGUGUUUGUUUAGAUUUGCUGGUAUAUAUCUUCGUCGGCAUCGUCAUUUACAUUUUCUUGGUGGUCAAUGAAGGAGUAACUGGAGAUCGAGUUGGCUUGGCGAUAACACAAACACUUGGUCUAUUGGGUUCACUUCAAUCUGGCAUUAGACAAAGUGCCGAUGUAAUAAAUCAACUCACAUCGGUUGAGCGAAUCUUAGAAUACAGUCAAUUGAAACCUGAAAAACAGCCACAAGUGCCACAAAAAGUGCCAUCCGACUGGCCAUCCAAAGGGAAAAUUGAGUUCAAAAAUGUUUCCUACCGAUAUUCGGCUGACGAUGAACCAGUUUUACGUGGACUAUCAUUUUCGAUAAAACCCUCAGAGAAAUUCAGUAUUGUUGGUAGAACUGGAGCUGGAAAAUCAUCGUUAAUCAGUUCGAUUUAUCGAUUGGCAAUCGAAGAAGGCGACAUACUUUUAGAUGAUGUCAAUACAUCUUUGAUUAGUUUGAGUACAUUGCGAUCGAGAAUAUCAAUUAUACCGCAAGAACCAAUUCUCUUCUCAGGGACAUUACGAAGGAAUUUGGAUCCAUUUGAAGAGUAUUCAGACGGGGAAAUUUGGCGUGCACUUGAUAUGGUUGAGCUGAAAGAACUCGUAUCGAAGAAUAACGGGUUAGAUAUGCCGGUUCUGGCACAUGGACAGAAUUUUAGCACGGGACAACGACAGAUUUUAUGCUUGGCUCGGGCGAUCAUGAGAAAGAGCCGCAUCAUAAUUCUUGACGAAGCGACAGCCAACGUUGAUCUUCGAACGGAUGAAAUGAUUCAGAAAACGAUACGAGAGAAGUUCACGGACUCUACAGUUAUAACCGUGGCGCAUAGACUCAAUACAGUUAUCGAUUCUGACCGAGUUUUAGUUAUGGAUGCGGGUGCUGCAGCUGAGCUUGAUGCACCGCAUUUACUGAUGUCAAAUGAGAACGGAAUAUUCCGAAAGAUGGUCGAAGCACUCGGGAAACAAGAAUUCGAUCAUUUAUGCUUAAGAGCCAAGGAACAUUUUGAUAAAUUUUACAUGUCCAUUAAUCAUAAAUAUGGAAACUUUGAUAAAAAUAAUUUUAUAUAGUA